UUCCUCCAAAAAAAAGACAAACCAUUUCCCAUAUAUAUAAGUAGACGAGGCUGUUACAAUAACAUCAAAAACACCCUCUCCAACUUUGCUUAUCUCAACCUUCAACUCGAACAUUACAUUACAUUACAUUAACACAUUCUCUAUCAAAUCCAAAUCCAAAUCCAAAUCCAAAUCCAACCCAAAAAGGAAAAAAGAAGAAAAAUGGAAGAAGCAAUGUUGAAUCCAUUGGUGUCCGAGAAACCAACAACAUCCAAUUCCCAUCUCACACAAGCUCUGAAUGAAGUAAAAUCAAUCUCAAAAAUCUCCCUCCCCAUGAUCCUAACCGGCCUAAUCCUCUACUCCCGGUCCAUGAUCUCGAUGCUCUUUCUCGGGCGCCUCGGCGGCCUCUCCCUAGCAGGGGGAGCCCUGGCCGUGGGGUUCGCCAACAUCACCGGCUACUCCAUCCUCUCGGGCCUGGCCGUGGGCAUGGAGCCCAUCUGCGGCCAGGCUUACGGAGCCCAACGCUUCAAGCUCCUCGGCCUCACUCUCCAACGCACAAUCCUCCUCCUCCUCCUCACCUCCCUCCCCAUCUCCCUCCUCUGGCUCAACAUCCACAAAAUCCUCCUCCUCUGCGGCCAGGAUCCCGACAUCGCCGCCACCGCCAACACUUACAUCCUCUUCUCCCUCCCAGACCUCAUCGCUCAAUCCUUUCUCCACCCUCUCCGUAUAUACUUAAGAAGCCAAUCCAUCACAAUGCCGCUAACAUACUGCGCCGCGCUCUCCAUCUUCCUCCAUGUCCCAAUCAACUACCUUCUCGUAACCGUCCUCGGCCUCGGCCUCAAGGGCGUCGCCAUCGCGGCCGUCUGGACGAACAUCAACCUCGUCGGCUCGCUCCUCGCCUACGUGGCAAUGUCGGGGGUUUACACAAAAACAUGGGGCGGGAUUUCGACGGAUUGCUUCAGGGAAUGGGGAUCGCUUCUGAAUCUCGCGAUCCCGAGCUGCAUCAGCGUGUGUUUGGAAUGGUGGUGGUAUGAAAUCAUGAUUUUACUAUGCGGGAUACUUGUGAACCCACGCGCCACCGUGGCCUCGAUGGGGAUUCUCAUCCAGACCACUUCCUUCAUCUAUAUAUUCCCCUCUUCUUUAAGCUUCGGCGUGUCGACGAGGGUCGGCAACGAGCUCGGCGCGGGGAGGCCGCGGAGGGCGAGGAUGGCCGCCAUCGUCGGCCUCUCCGCUAGCUUCGUUAUCGGACUCUUCGCGGUGGCGUUCGCGGUCUCGGUGAGGAAUGUGUGGGCGGGGUUGUUCACUCUCGAUAAGGAGAUUGCGGCGCUGACGGCGGCGGUGCUUCCGAUCAUCGGGCUGUGCGAGCUCGGGAACUGCCCGCAGACGACGGGGUGCGGCGUGCUGAGGGGCACGGCGCGGCCCAAGAUGGGGGCGAAUAUUAAUCUCGGGUGUUUUUACUUGGUGGGGAUGCCGGUGGCGCUGCUGCUUAGCUUCUACCUUGGGUAUGACUUCAAGGGGCUGUGGAUGGGGCUUCUCGCGGCGCAGGCCUCCUGUGCCGCGGCGAUGCUCUUUGUGCUGUUCAGAACGGACUGGGAGGUCCAAGCCUCCCGGGCCAAGGAGUUGACCGCCAAAACCGACACGUCGGAUUAUACCAAAAUGGAGGAUAAUUAAUUAAUUAAGUCACAUUAAUUACGUUACUUCAUAAAUUCAUUCUUUAUUUUGGGGUAGUGUAAAUGAAAGGAUAGGAAUAGAAGAAUUGUUUUUUUUUUACCUAUUUGUUUGUAUGUUUGUGUUUUAGAUGUAAAAGUCAAGGGAGAAACAAAGAUUUUGUUGUUGGAAUAGUGAGAGUGAGAGCGAGAGCUAGCAAAUUGACUGACACAAGAUCAAAAUACAUUCCCCCCAUCUCAUGCCUUUA